UUCUUAAAUGCCUUUCCAGAAUGUUACUAAACAUGAUUGUGGUAUGUGUGUUUAUUUGUAGGGACUGGUAACAUCUGAACAUACCAAACCAAACAGGCAAAGUCUUUCACCAUCACUACCACCACAUUUUACUACAAAGGAAUAUAACUGUAUGUGGAUUCCAAACAGGCUAAAAGAAAAAGAGCUGAUUAGACUUCAGACUGCCCACUGAAUGGGGAUGACGGCCACAGCUGCAGUGGAGACAUCAAAAAUGGAGAAGAGUUCCUCCAAGGAAGAGAAACAACAAUCUAAGCAGGACAGGAUGGAGCAGAGCAAUGCUGAUUCUGAAGAGUGGAUGAACUCUGAGAGUGAACCUGAACAGAUGAGCCUUAAGAACAGUAACAAUGGCAAAAGCUACGGAUCUGGGGAUGCUCAGUUGAAAAAAAAGGAUAUUCCUUCCAAGCCACACCGUCAGCUCUAUAGAUCACCCUGCUUAGAUCAUCCAAGCUUCUCCCAGAGCAGCAUUCUACAGGAUAGGAAGCUUGACUUGGAAAAAGAAUACCAAGCCAAGAUGGAUUUUGCUCUAAAGCUGGGCUAUGCAGAGGCACAGAUUCAAUCAGUAUUGAACAAGCUGGGCCCAGAAUCACUUAUUAAUGAUGUAUUGGCAGAGCUCGUCAGGCUUGGGAACAAAGGCGAUUCAGAAGGGCAGGCCAGUUUGAGUUUGUUAGUACCUAGGGGUCCCAGCUCUAGAGAGAUUGCAAGCCCUGAACUGUCUCUUGAAGAUGAAAUAGACAACAGUGAAAAUUUGAGGCCAGUUGUCAUAGAUGGAAGUAAUGUGGCAAUGAGCCAUGGGAAUAAAGAAGAAUUCUCCUGCAGAGGAAUACAACUUGCUGUGGACUGGUUUCUAGACAAAGGCCAUAAAGAUAUUACUGUAUUUGUGCCUGCAUGGAGAAAGGAACAAUCCCGUCCUGAUGCACCAAUUACAGAUCAAGAUAUUCUACGUAAACUGGAGAAAGAAAAGAUUCUUGUCUUCACACCAUCCCGAAGGGUCCAGGGCAGGAGAGUUGUCUGUUAUGAUGACCGGUUCAUAGUCAAAUUGGCUUUUGAUUCCGACGGCAUCAUUGUAUCUAAUGAUAACUACCGAGACCUUCAAGUUGAAAAGCCAGAAUGGAAGAAGUUUAUAGAGGAGCGGUUGCUGAUGUAUUCUUUUGUGAAUGACAAAUUUAUGCCUCCAGAUGAUCCUUUAGGACGCCAUGGCCCAAAUCUUGAAAAUUUCUUGAGAAAAAGACCUGUUGUUCCAGAGUACAAGAAGCAACCAUGCCCUUAUGGCAAAAAAUGCACUUAUGGCCACAAGUGCAAAUACUACCAUCCGGAGCGGGCCAACCAACCACAGCGUUCGGUGGCUGAUGAGCUCCGCAUCAGUGCCAAACUGUCCACAGUGAAAACCGUGAGUGAAGGCACCCUGGCCAAGUGUAGCACAGGGCUGUCUAAUGCCAAAGGUGAAAUAACCUCCGAAGUCAAACGUGUGGCCCCCAAGCGCCAAUCGGAUCCCAGCAUCCGGUCCGUGGCUGUGGAGCCUGAGGAAUGGCUGUCCAUUGCCCGUAAGCCUGAGGCCAGCUCUGUCCCCUCACUUGUGACUGCCCUAAGUGUCCCCACAAUCCCACCCCCCAAAAGCCAUGCGGUGGGUGCACUCAACACUCGUUCAGCCAGCAGCCCAGUGCCAGGAUCCUCUCAUCUCCCCCACCAGAAGGCCUCACUGGAACACAUGGCUAGUAUGCAGUACCCUCCAAUCCUGGUUACCAACAGCCAUGGGACACCUAUUAGCUAUGCUGACCAAUACUCAAAGUUUGAGUCCCUGGGGGAGCACAGCUACUAUUCAAUGUUAGGCGACUUCUCCAAACUGAACAUCAACAGCAUGCAUAAUCGAGAGUACUACAUGGCUGAAGUAGACCGAGGGGUGUAUGCCCGGAGUCCCAACCUCUGUCCUGACAAUCGUAUGAGCCAUACCAGGAACGACAACUACUCCUCUUACAACAACCUGUACUUGGCUGUAGCUGAUGGCCAUCCUGAAGGCAAUUUAAAGCUGCAUCGCUCAGUAUCUCAGAACCGUCUUCAGCCUUUUCCUCAUGGUUACCAUGACGCCUUAACGCGAGUGCAGAGCUAUGGCCCAGAGGAUUCUAAGCAAGCCCCCCACAAGCAGUCAGUUCCCCACUUAGUUCUACAAGCCCAGCACCCAGCAACUGGAGCAUGUUCAAGCUGUCCUGGAGACUACCCCAUGCCUCCUAAUCUCCACCCUGGGGCAACCCCCCAGCCAGGACGUGCCCUGGUAAUGACUCGGAUGGACAGUAUUUCUGACUCCCGCCUUUAUGAAAGCAACCCAAUGAGGCAAAGACGACCUCCCCUGUGCCGGGAACAACAUGCCAGCUGGGACACAUUACCCUGUACAACCGACUCCUAUGGUUAUCAUUCCUAUCCCUUGAGUAACAGCCUCAUGCAACCAUGCUAUGAGCCAGUCAUGGUACGGAGCAUGCCUGAAAAGAUGGAACAGCUUUGGAGGAAUCCUUGGGUUGGAAUGUGCAAUGAUACCAGGGAGCAUAUGAUCCCAGAGCACCAGUAUCAGACUUAUAAGAACCUUUGCAAUAUUUUCCCUUCAAACAUCGUCCUUGCAGUGAUGGAAAAGAAUCCCCACACAGCAGAUGCCCAGCAACUGGCAGCCUUGAUUGUUUCUAAGCUUAGGGCUGCACGUUGA